CCCGCGCGCACAGUAUCAAUGAAAAGGGCUCCAUGAAGUAGUCGCGCGUUUGCGCAGAUAAAAGCGCCUCGUGAUGUGAAGAUGUCAGAAGAUUCACUUCAGAGAAAAGUCGACAUUCAUUUCUGUUAGUUCUCAGUAUGCUCCACACGUUUGAAGAGAAGAAAACUCGAGAAAAAGUCUCUGGCGAUGCUGCUCAGGAUGGAGUGAAUCAGUCAUCUGUGAGUGAGGAGUUAGAACAUGCGAGUUUUUCUUUUUUUACACUUAUGUCAAAGCGGUGAAGGGAGCUAUUGUGAAUGGAAAAAGUCAUGGCUUACUGGUUUCAUUCUGUUUGGAGAAUCUGGUUAUUGGCUCCGCUUGUUCUGGACCGUCUUACCAUAGGACAGAAUCUGAAGGCCACCCGAUGGCCUCUUCAUCCUCACAAGCCUGUGGUUCUCAUCUGGAACGCCCCAACAGAAGACUGCAGACCACGACACAACGUCCACUUUCAACUGGGUCAGUUUCAGAUCGUAGCUUCUCCCAACGAAGGUUUCACCAAGCAGAACCUCACAUUAUUCUACGGAGACCGUCUGGGUCUGUAUCCCUACUUUAAGGCAGACGGCACUGCUGUCAACGGUGGAUUACCGCAAACGGCCAGCCUCACAGAGCACCUGGAGAAGAUGCCGGACGGCAUUGACAAAUACAUCCGUGACCCGUUGGCACGAGGUCUGGCUGUUAUAGACUGGGAAGAAUGGCGUCCCAUAUGGAUACGAAAUUGGGAUGCCAAAGAUAUUUACAAGAGCCAGUCUCGCUCUCAGGUGGCCCAGAAAAACCCAAGCUGGACUUCAGGGAAGAUAUCCAAAGUAGCUCAACAGGAGUUUGAGGUGUCCAGUCGUAGAUUCAUGCGUGAAACGUUACGUCUGGCCAAAAGCUUACGUCCCAACCAGCUCUGGGGCUUCUACCUCUUUCCUGACUGCUACAAUCACGACUAUCGCAACAGUCUGGAGAACUACACGGGCCGCUGCCCGGAUGUCGAGGUAUCUCGGAACGACCAGCUGAAAUGGCUGUGGACCGAAAGCACGGCUCUGUUCCCGUCAGUAUACAUGAGCUCAGUGUUGCGGUCAUCAUCCUCCGGUCGCCAGUUUGUCCGAAACAGGGUGAAGGAGGGCAUGAGACUUGCAUCGGACGGUGAGGGACUGGCACGUCCCGUUUUCAUCUACACUCGUCCCACUUAUGACAACAAAUCAGAAUUGCUGUCUGAGAUGGAUUUGGUGUGGACCGUUGGAGAAAGCGUGGCUCUGGGAGCAGCUGGGGUUAUAUUCUGGGGUGAUUCGACUUGGGCCAGCAGCAAUGCGAGCUGCUUCAGUCUGAAUCAGUACCUGCAGGGUCCGCUGGGCCGAUACCUCCUCAACGUCUCCACGGCAGCCGAGCAGUGCAGUCGAUUUCUGUGCAGAUCGCACGGGCGCUGUCUGCGCAGACACCCGGACACGGACACAUAUCUCCACCUCGACCCUGACGCGCACGCAGUGAUGGGUCAGGGGAGAGAGAUGCACGUGACCGGAGAUCUGAGCGCAGAUGAACAGAGGAGGAUGAAGGAGAACUUUCAGUGUCAGUGUUACAGCGGCUAUCAGGGUGAGAGAUGUGAUGUUGAGGAUCCUCUUCAGCAGCGGGGCGAGGGACGUGCACUUAAAGCGCUGUGGGUUUACUUUCUCACCCCAGUGUUACUUCAAAUGUUUGUCUGAGACCUUGACUUAUUUAUAUCUAAAGAAUAAUGACCUUCCUCUGUACAUUUCUCAUCCUGUCUUAUCAUAUUUUCAAUUUUGAUUUUGGAGAAUCGUCAUGUUUUUUUGAAUUUUUAUUUCCAUUUUCUUAACGUCUUUUGUGGUUCAUAAUGAUGUGAGGGUGAUGACAGAAUCUUUUAUUAUUUGGUGAAGUAACAUUGAGGUUUUUUCACGUAUGAAAUGUAUUGCAGGUCUUGUGUGUGUGAGCUUUACAUUGACAUUACAAACACAGAAUGAUUUCAAGAGAUUAUGAUGUUGUGUCGCUGUGAUGUAUCAUUAGGAUUGUGUGGAAUGUGUUGAUAUUGUGUUGACGUCCAGCUCGCGUGUCAUUUCCUGAUCACUGCUGUUUCCUGUGCUCCGGAAAAAUAAAUAAAGAUAAUCAGACCGUUA